UCUCCCUCAAACCAGAGCUUGGCGCCCACUGACACACACCCAAACACACGCUUCUCAGCAGGGCUUUGUAAUACUAUGUGCACUCCCUCGUGUGUUACUAUUAUAUCCAACGGGAAACAGAUUUGGACAUACUGGUUAACGCUUCAACCAAAUUCACUCGCUCAAGAACAUUUCCAUAGUUUUUCGGCUUUGUUUUUAAUUUUUUUACACAUACACAAGUGCUGUUAUUAUUUCCUGAUAUCUGGGAUACAUAAGACCUGUCCUGUGUAGGUGGAUGAGAGUAAAAACCCAUUUGGAUUGAGACAUGGAGCAGCUCUUUUUUCUUCUCAUUCCCCUGGUUGCAUCUUUAUCCAUAAUCCCAGCAGGAAAUGACUCCAAUAUACCAACUACGGAAUUUCCAAACACAACUGCUAUGUCUCCAUGGUCUGUUGUUUCAACAGUGACUUUGCCAUCUCAAUAUGACAAUGGCGUGACCAGUCACACCUCAAAAACUGUGAGCGCAACCACAGCUCCUGUAUCUUUCAGCCACACAGGCAGUACUGAUGGAUCCAGCCUCUCUUUGCAUACCACUUCAGGACAGUCUAUCAUCACCAGCUCCGCGUUAACCACACCAAAAUCCUACACUGGCACAACUCUAAAUUCCACCUCAUCCCCAGCGGCCAAAAUUGCAGGCAGUACUGAUGGAUCCGGCCUCUCUUCGCAUAACACAUCAGUGGGUGUUUCUCUGCUUCCAAAGACUUCAACAACCGCUAAUUCAAACAUCAGCAUGUCAGAGGUGACACCUUCACAGGCACCAGACAGCGGUCUCACUUUGCUCGCCUUUGGUGUGAUGAGUCUUAUACUCAUUUUAAUUGUUGUCAUGGUCGUCUUGGUGACCGUUAUCAACCUCAGGGGAUGGUGUAGAAAUACCAAACAGCACGAGGGUAUUAAAAGCUUUGAUUCUGUGGUGUCUGACAGCAACAUGACCAGCAACUGUGAGAAAGAGAGCAUCACUCUUGUCUCUGUGAGGACAAUAAACACAGAAAACAACACAGAUUCUCCCCAGAUGUCUUCAGUUCGCAGCACUAUAGUGGAUAAUGAUGACCAAGAUUUUACCAGAGACCUGCUGGGCAUCAAAGACGGACUGUGAUUUUACUCAGUUCGUAGCGCACGAGAUUGGAGGCUGCAUACUUUAUUUAUAAUUUUAAAUGAAUGUGAAUUAAUGUGCCUCUAGCUGAUGGUCAGCGUACACAUCACACAUCAUGCUUAUGACAUAUAUUGGUGCACUGCGUAUUAAAUGAAUCCUAUAUCAGACAUGCACUCAUAUAUUAAACAUGACACGUCCUUCACUGAUAAAUAAAAUGUCACUUUUAUGUUCAUCUUCUUUUUCAGAUUAAAAAAUUGCAUUAAUGUGUAA